AUGGCUUCCGUGUCAUGUGGUCCUGCAGCAUUGAAAAAGAGGCUGUUUUCCACAUUCCGUGCUCUGCAGCAUGACAACCCUCUGGGGUUGCCGCGCUCAGGGACACCGCCAUCAUUUCCCCGUCGUCGCGGGCUUCCUGAAAAGCGCAAGAUCCGGGAUGUCAAGAAAAUAGUGGCAGUCUCGUCGGCAAAGGGAGGCGUAGGCAAAUCAACAGUCGCGGUAAACCUUGCCCUUGCUUUUGCCCGCCGAGGUAUUAAGACUGGAUUGCUUGACACCGACAUUUUCGGCCCAUCAGUCCCAACCCUGCUCAACCUCUCAGGUGAACCACGUCUGGAUGAAAAUAAUUGCCUCGUUCCGCUCACAAAUUAUGGACUCAAGUCUAUGUCCAUGGGCUAUCUUCUACCUCAAACUCAGUCUGAUAAUUCUGCGGGCGAAGCACCCAUGGAUACCACCCCAAUCUCCUGGCGGGGCCUCAUGGUCACCAAGGCGAUGCACCAGCUACUACACUCGGUUUCAUGGGGGCCUCUCGAUGUCUUGGUUAUGGAUCUUCCACCUGGAACUGGCGACGUGCAAUUGACCAUUAACCAAGAGGUAAUUAUCGACGGCGCAGUGAUUGUAACAACACCCCAGGAUAUCGCACUGCGCGACGCCGUACGUGGGUUUGGGAUGUUCCAGCGUAUGGAUGUGCCCGUUCUCGGUAUGGUUCGCAAUAUGGCCUACUUUGCAUGCCCGAAUUGCGGGCAUCAAACCCGUAUCUUCUCCCACGGGGAUGGUCACCAUUCACAUGGUUCGGAUCGCGGCGUUGUGGCGGAAUGCAAUCGUCUCGGAGUCGACUUCCUAGGCGAUAUUCCCCUUGAUGCACGAGUGUGUGAAGAUGCUGACCGUGGCAUGCCCACUGUCGUGGCUGAGGAGACUGCGGAUCGGAGUACCCGGCGACAAGCCUUCCUAGAUGUUGCCGAGCAAGUGGCCCGGAAGAUCGGCCUCGAGUGGCGUUGA